UAGUGUCUGCUGAACACUGUGUCACCAUUUUGGAACUCCACAAGUGUCAUUAAUUCCAGCUGUAGUAGAAAGCAGAUCUUCUGCAUUUUUAGCAUAUACCCAAUUAAAAUGUUUUACUACUGAUGAGUCACACUGACACUACUCCAAAGGUAUUUUCUAAGUUAAGUUUUAUUGCCUGCAUUGGAGCAGAUUAAGCUUGGGUGAAAAAUGUACUGUGUGCCAUUGCCCUAAAACUUUUUAAGUGCCACAUGAUAGUGUCUUAUCUGGCCCUUUAUCCCAUUUGCUAACUGAAGGUUGUAAUUAACCCCCCACACACACACACACACAUAAACCCCUAUGUCUUUCACACCAACCCUCAGGGGUGUAGGAGAUCCUUGGGAAAUACAUAAUGGGAGUUGCUCAGAUGACUCAUUCCUUGUGUGCAUAUGCAAAGGGUAGGAAAAGAAGGCACAACUUCAAGACUACAGGCAGCAGUGAACGGCCAGUUACAAGGGGCAGCAAAAAGCCAUAACUUUAAGAGCCGAAUUUCCGUUUUUUAAACCGGAAAUUUGGCUCUGCUAGUGCAGAAAGCGCAGUACGCGCUCUUGCGCUAGCAAUGCAGCCCCUUUUGACCUGCUACAACGAUAAACUUUUAAGCGUGGAGCAGGAGAGGGGGCGGCAUCGGGGUUGCUGCCUCAGGUGGCAGCAGCCCACGGAUCGCCCCUGCUUAUAAUGGAAUUCAUAAGAGGAGGAACCUUGGAACAGCUUAUGGAUGAGAAAGGUUGCUUGGACAUGGAUCGCAUAAAUGAUCUAAAACCACCUAAUAUCUUGCUUAACUUCGAAGGACAUAUAAAAAUUGCAGAUUUUGUCCUAGUUGCAGAAGGGAUGUUCAGCAACAAUAAGAUCUAUGAAAUAGCACGGACCUCAGAGAUUCAUCUGAUGAGAGGAUAUGGUGCAGAAGUGGAUUGGUGGGCUUUUGCCAUUAUUCUAUUCGAAAUGGCCACCGGAAGAGCUCCAUUCAAUGAAGACUUGCCACUGACAUACUUCCGAUCAGUGAUCUUUCAGCAGCCUUCCAUUCCUGAGGAUAUCAGCGCGAUCUGAAAAAUCUGCUACAGGAGAUGAGUAUCAGCAUGUACAGGAAAUUAACAGAUACAGUAACACAAAAAGCACAGUCUCUAAAAAGAGGACAGAAUCUAACAUAUAAAAAAUGAAUGAGCCUUGUUUGCCAACAGGCAAUGGGGUUCAGGCCCAUAAUCUGAGCUAUACUAUCCUCCACAUACAGAAGUUCUCAUUGCUGACAUACAAAGCAACAGUUUUCCUAUUCUUUACUGUAUAAAAGCCACCUAGAUUUAAAUUAUUUGAAUCAUUAACUCCCCACCCCAUGUCACGGCCGGCACCCAAUACCAGAACUAGAGCCAAGCACC